GGCCCCCAGCGCUGGAUGCGUGCGUGCUGCUGGGCUUUCCUUCCUGCGGGGAGCGAGCGAGCGAGGCGGUCACAGCCUUCAGGGAAGUGUUUUGCAAUCGCCUCCUCCAGUCACAGCAAUUAACGGCGCUGGGUUUGAGGAACUAACGGUGAAGCAGCAUGUUAGCAAACAGGCUGAGCGCGGCCGGGAGCCGGGAGCCAGCGGCAGGGGCUCGGAACGGCCGCUGAGGAGCAGCCGGGUACGGAGGAGAGGUAGAGAUGGAGGCAAGGUGAUGCCAAAGCCAUGGAGGCCAUGGCGAGGCGCGGUGCUGGGAUGCUCUUCCUGCUGCAGCUCUCCCUGCUCCUGCUCCUGCACCUGAGGGGGACCAUGGGCUGUGCCCUGGUGGCCGUGGACUCACCCGUUGUGCCCCUGGGCUCGGCUGUCACUGCAUCCUGCACCAUCCAGAGCAAGCUGUGCCGCGGCUUGGAGCAGGAGAAGGUCCGGAUCUCAUGGAUGCUGGACAACGAGGCCAUGGCUGGGAGGCAGAGCCGGGGCGCAGGGGACACGGAGGUCUCCAACCUCACCCUGCCCCAGUUCAACCGCACGCAGGCCAAGCUGUGGUGCUGGGUGGAGUGGAAUGGGACCAAGCAGCGCGUUGGCAUGGCCGAGAUCAGGGCGGGCUAUCCACCCUCAAAGCCCUCCAACCUCAGCUGCAUCCUGAACCUCAGUGACUAUGGGCUGACGUGCCAAUGGGAGCCAGGGGCCGACAGCCACCUCCCCACCAGCGUUGCUCUGAAGUGUGCCGGGAGCAGAGCCCCGGCAGUCACCGGGUGCACCCCGCAGGGCGGCCGCAGCCGCUGCACGGUGCCGCGCCGGCUGCUCCAGCUCUACCGGCACAUGGAGAUCUGGGUGUCCGCCACCAACGCCCUGGGCACGGCCGAGUCGGAGCAUCUCUGCAUGGACCCCAUGGAUGUGGCCAAGCUGGACCCCCCAGCCCUGCGGAGCAUCCAGUCCAUCCCCUUCCAGACCGACUGCAUCGCCCUGACCUGGGACGUGGCCCGGAGCAACGCGCACAUGGAGCUGCAGUGUGAGCUGCGCUACCGGACACCCCAGGACACCGCAUGGGCUCUGGUCACCAACAUCGCCGGCCACGCUGGCAGCGCGCAGUGCUGCGGCUUCCUCUUCGGCACGCAGUACCGCUUCCAGAUGCGCUGCCGGCGGAGCCUGGCACGGGGCUACUGGAGCGACUGGAGCCCGGGCAGGAACUACACCACCCAUGAGAAAGCCCCCACAGGGAAGCUGGAUGCAUGGUGGAGCACUCGGCCGGCCAGGGGGGGCAAGGGGAUGGAGGUGCAGCUCUGCUGGAAGGCCCCACGGCGGCAGGAGGCUAAUGGGAAAGUGCUGGGGUACCACGUCACUCUGAGCCCCAGGAGGAGGGGCAGGGAUCCCCCCAUGGUCUGCAACACCACCCACACCCACUGCAACUUCUCAGCACCCGCGGGGACCAGGAGGGUCUAUGUGUCAGCCUACAACGCUGCCGGUGAGGGCGCAGUGACCGAGGUUGUCCUGCUGGAGAGGAAAGGACAGCCCCUGGCCGGGCUCCGGGCUGUGCCCGGGGGGGAGCACAGCCUCUGGGUGCACUGGGAGCCGCCGCGGGUCCCGGUGGCCGCCUACAUCCUGGAGUGGCUGCGGGUGUCCUCGGAGCCCGGGCGCUGCAGCGCCUGCUGGCACAUGGAGCGUGAUGGGGCUGCCACCGCAGCCCUCAUCCAGGAUGGCAUUGAGCCUUUCCAGCGGUACAACAUCUCCGUGUACCCCCUCUACAAGGAUGCCAUAGGGGUGCCUGUCCACGCUGUAGCCUACUCCAAGCAGAAGGCACCAUCCUAUGCCCCAAAGCUCCACUUGAAGAGCAUCAGCAAGUCCAGCGCCGAGCUGUGCUGGGAGCCGGUGCCUGUGGAGAUGCAGAAUGGCUUUCUCACCGGUUACACCAUCUUCUGGGCCAACAGCACCACAGAUGUGUCCAGUUCCACCCUGAAUCCCUCUCUCAGCUCCUUCAUCAUCCAAGAGCUGAAGCCAUCAACGCUGUACAAAGUGCACAUCAUGGCAUCCACGGCUGCUGGUGGCACCAACGGCACCAGCCUGACCCUGGUGACCACAGUGCUGGAUGAUGCUGAAAUCCAGUUCCUCUUCCUGACCCUUGGGCUGGUCUUUGUCCUGCUCAUCCUUUUGCUCAUCUGCUUCCAGAAGAAUGGGCGGGUGAAGCAGCAGUUCUGGCCCAGCGUCCCCGACCCCGCCAACAGCAGCCUGGGCAAGUGGGUUCCAGUGGAGCUGCAGCAGGAGCCUCUGCAGGUGCCCGGUGUGAAGGAGCCCGGCCCCGCCACCAUUUCUACCGUCACAGUGCUGGAAAGGACAGCAGGGAAGCCACCGUGUUCCGCGGAGCCCUCCAUCCCCCGCGCCGUGCCGCAGGAGGGUCCGGGCAGCCCGGCCCGGGGCUGGACCGCAGCGGAGCCGUGCCGGGACCCGUGCGGGAGCGGGGAGCCCGUGCAGUACGCGCGGGUGAUGGGCAGCGGGUACAAGGGGCAGCAGCACGGCCCCCCCCGCCUCUACCUGCGCUCCAGCUCCACGCAGCCGCUGCUCCUCGACCCCAGCCCCAGCCCCAGCCCCAGCCCGCUGCCCUACGAGAACCUGUGGCUGGGCUGCCCGGAGGACGGCGGCUGCCCCGAGGAGCUGCCCGCCACCUUCCCGCUGCUGCAGGGGCUCCGCAUCGGCGGCGCCGAGGAGCUGCCCGACUGCCGGGCGGCUUAGUGCGGGCGGCCGGGGCUGCACCGGGGUAUACGGGGCCCGGCUCGCUCCGCCAUUGCUGUGCGCGUCCCUUACUGUGCCCUCCCUCCUGCAAUAAACGGGACGCGCUGAGAACGGCCCC